GGUGGGAACUUUGGGCAUUUUUCUCCUCCCUCUUGCUCUUCCAAAGACCCCACUACCUGAUCUCUAACCCAGAAGUAAUACAUCUUUGAAGAGGCAGAACUCUCAACCCAAGAGGGAAUUGGCAAACCCUUCCCUGGUAGGGUUUGUUGCCCUGAAGUUGGUUUUCAGUUACAUAUUUUCCCUCUCCUGUUCCCUCAACUCCUGGUCUUUUCCUCAGAACUCCGAUGCCUUUGGCGUUUCCCUCUUGUCCUUCUUGCUCAGGUACUUCCACUCCUUUUCCAGAAGGCAGACAUCUUACCUCCAGUUAAUCCAUCCGUUGCCCUCCCUUUCAUUCUUCCAUCUAGCCAAACUGGUUUGAGUCAGCCACACCCCUUUCCAAGCUCCUGGGGUUCUUCAGGUGGUGGCAGGCUACCCAACCCCACCCCUGGGUUUGGCUUGGAGCCCUGAGUCUGCUCCAUCUCCACCCAAGCCAAAUCAAACCUGAGGCAGGAGCCGAAACUCACAGUCUCUCAAGGCUAUCGGCAGGUGAUGGAGGACGAGGAGAAGGCAGUGGAGAGCUUGGUGUGCAAAACGGAAGCUUCUCAUUCUCCAUCCCCCAUCCGUUGCUGCUGGCUCCGCCUCCGCUACUGGGCAGCUACUAGCAUUAUCUGUGGCUGCUCUUGCCUGGGAGUUGUGGCCCUUGUUUUUGCCAUCAAGGCGGAAGAGCGGCAUAAGGCAGGCCGAUCCGAGGAGGCAGAGCACUGGGGGGUCCGGGCCCGGAGGCUCAUCCUGGCCAGCUUUGUCGUCUGGCUUAUGGUCCUCAUUCUGGGCCCCCUGCUGCUGUGGCUGCUCUCCUACGCCAUCGCCCAGGCUGAGUGAACCUGGGUGGCCUCUGCUGAGAGUCAGCUAGACUUCCUGGAUCCUGCAAUGUGGAAUUGCUAGGGUCCGGUACCAGCAGAGGUCUCUCAUGGCUGGAAGGAUGGUGCCUCUCAAGGGGCUUUGGAAGAGAACUUCUAGCCCUUUCUCUGAGGAGGCGGAGCUGAGACUGAUGAGGGGGAAGUCAGCUUGCUCUGUUCUUUCAGUGCCCUCCACCCCAGUACCCCCCAACCCUACCCCGUCCUAUGGAUCUCUAUUCAAAGGUGGGGUUGAAGACCAGGCCGACUUUUAUUAGAAUCUGUUUUGUAAUAAAGAGCUUUUUUAGUGGUGAAA